GUAAGUGAAAUAAUGGGUAAAUAGUUGUAUUUCUUUGAUUACAUAUGUCAUUCGUCACAGAACGUUUCAAAGAAUACUGUCUGGCACUAGUAUGUCGCGUUGUGUGGAACAUUUCUUACCAGUCGGACCAUUAUUCUAACGAUUCGUCCAAACUUUUAGUUUAAAGCGAAUACAAAUAAAUACAACGUACUCGCGUGAUAGUGAAACAUAAUAGAACUUGGACAAUCUCAGUAUUCCAGAUUGGCAGUUCACUAUAUAAUGCGUCUUUAAUUCAACCAUAAUUAUAAAAUGGAACCUGCAAAUCGUGAAUCUUAUAUAGAAAAUAAAAUUAUUGAUGAAGAAACUACAGAAGAGCAACCUUUUCGGCAAAAUGAAGAAACAGUGGAAAAAAACCAAAGGACUUGCUGUGAAACUCUCUCGCUAGUAUACAAUAAUAUAACUGUGGAACCUUCAGUUGUAUUAUUCGUAAUUCCGUACAUAUUAAUGACAUUAACUUCCCAGAAUUUGGGAUUGGAGAAAGCGUGUAGAGUGAACUUAAACUUCGGUGAUGAGAUUUGUACAGCGCUCAAACAGCAAACCGUGGAAAGUCAAAAUUCAUACGAAAAGGAGGUGCAAAAGUUAGUGACAUCUGCUUACGCAUGGAAAACAUACAUAACUGCUACACUUCCAUGUCUCUUGGGUAUUUUUGUUGGUUCCUUUUCUGAUAGAACGGGACAUAGAAAAUGUUUCUUGUUGAUGCCAAUUGUUGGACAAAUUCUAGCUUCUAUUAGCAGUGUGUUGAACGUAUAUUUCCUUGACAAGACUAAUCUAGAGACUUAUGUUCUCACUGAAGCAGUCAUCGAAGCUCUUAGUGGGGGAAUGUCAGUGUUUUUUAUAACUAUAUUUGCCUAUAUAAGUGCUAUUACGACUAACGAAACUAGAACAUUUAGAAUGGGCAUGGUUAAUUUUGCACUUACAGCGGGAGCUCCUGUCGGGAUGGCUUUAAAUGGUGUUGUUUUAAAAUAUCUAGGCUAUUAUGGAGUCUAUGCAUUAGUUGGUGGUCUGAAUCUAUUGAAUCUGCUGUAUAACAUGUUUGUGUUAAAGGACCCGAAAAGGAGCACUGAACAAAAAAAGCACGACCAUCAAGGCGUUGGGUACUUCUUGCGAACAUUCUUUGACUCGUCCAACAUCAAGGAAACCAUACGGGUGGUAUUCGAAAAGGGCCCGAACAAGAGAAGACUCCGUGUGUGUGCUCUGCUAAUAGUUGUGAGCAUUCUAUUUGGACCAAUGUUUGGUGAAAUUGCAAUAAUGUAUAUGUCAACAAGAUACCGAUUCAACUGGGACGAGGUCAAGUUCAGUAUUUUCCAGACAUACAAUUUUGUAACACAUACAAUUGGUACACUAUUUUCAAUAACAGUGUUCAGUAAGCAGCUCAAAUGGGACGACUCUAUACUGGGUAUCAUUUCGACUGUAAGCAAGAUCGCCGGUUCCUUCGUUUACUGCUUCGCUCCUAAUGAAAGAAUAUUCUAUAUCGCUCCUCUCGUGGAAAUACUCAACGGGACAUCAUUGUUGGCUUUAAGAUCAAUCAUCUCCAAGACCGUCGCACCUAAUGAAUUAGGCAAGGUGAACUCCGUGUUUGGAUUGACAGAGAACAUAAUGCCUCUCGUGUAUGUUCCACUAUACACGAAGGUGUACACAUCCACCAUGGAGGUUCUGCCUGGAGCCGUCUUCCUCAUGAGCGCAGCUUUGACGUUCCCAGCUGUUUGUGUCUUCUCAUGGCUACUGUACGAGCAUAGAAAAGGUGUAAAAAAAUCAAAAAAAGAAAAAAGGACAUCAAUGUUAAAUUCUAUGGAAACUUAGAAAUUUAUUUUUGUAAUAAAUAGAUAGGUAAUAGAAUUAUAAAAAAAAAUACUGUCCACUCUUUUUCUGCAUGGGUAGAAGUGAUAUUUUGGUUUUGUAAGUAGCAUCACAGCUAUUUAAACUACUUUGAAUAAGUGACCAAAAUAAAAAUGCAACGGCAUACAUCACGACAACAAAUAUCACAGUCUAAAAAUCACAUCUUUAUAAAGUGUUGUGCCAACAACUAGCUAUUUUGACACCUUUAAUAAUAUGUCCCAAGCGAUUACAUAACAAUUCAGUAUGGAUUUCUUUGUAUAGACGUGUCUGUUGGCCGACUGAUAAGUUCAUAAGACUUGAUACUAUAAUCAAUAGGUAUUCAAAGUACACUGCGCCAACAAAUCUAGAUAUAUUUAUGUAUAUACCAAAUCUAUACCGAAUCACACUGUUAUAUAUUUAAAGUGAAAUUAUUUUCACAAAUUUUUCACUUUUUGGCCAUUAUGUUAAUUGUAUAAUGAGUUAUCGAUGAAAAUUCAUAAAGAGAAAAAACAAUAAAAACAUUACCCUCGUUUUUGGUACUCGGAUAAAACAAGUAUGUUUACAAUUAGACGGUUAUUUAUACAACGCUAACUUUUACCCGCGACUUCGUCUGCAUGGUCGAAAUAUUUACUGAUUAGGAUAAAAGUAGGCUAUUAUCUCUCUCCAUCCCUUAUAAUACGUACCAAUAUAUACCAAAUGUAACAUAACUAUUGUAUUUCUUGCGGGCUCUUCUCAACAGAUAACAACUUUCCGAACCCUGCAUUCGUAAAAAAUUACGAUUUAAAAGUUUCUGAACCCUGCAUUCAUAAAAAAAUUACAAUUUAAAAAUGUUUGUAAACAAGUAUAUUUGAAUAAAGAUGAUUUGAAAUUGAUUGGAUAAUCUGUUAAGGAGCUAAGAGGUAACAAACAAACUCACGUUUAUAAUAAUAAUAGUAAUGUAUGCAAAGUAAAUUCACGUUCUUCAUCGAUUGUAAAAUGGUUUCAGUAACGAUUAUUAUCUUAAUUUACUUAUAAACCAAUUUUCUUUUAGUUAAACCAGUACCUAUUAUAGUCACCCACUUUACUAAUUGACUAAAGUUGAAUUCGUUUAUUUUUAUUAACCUUUUAUUCCAUCAAUCAAUUCCAAUAAUGCAAUGUUAAAUUCUAUAAGUGCGUAAUGUCACUCACAUUUUAAAUUAUAUACAGAUGUUAUUCUAAAAUUGUGUGGAAUGUGACACUUCUAUAAAUAAUGAAUCAUCAUUUUGCAAUAUUUAGUACCAUGGACAUAACAAAGUAUACUGUUUCGCCCAUGAUACCCCUCAUGCGUUGCCAUUCCUGAGGACUCAGGUGUUAUUCCUCUGUACCCUGUAAAUUCACGCCAUAUCCCACCCUUCAAACCGAAACACAGCCAUGCAAACACAACUGCUUCACGGUUGAAACACGAAUGCGACAGAGGUGCCCAAGCAAUCGACUUUUGUACAAAGUCUCCCUCUGGUGAUAAUUGUAGAAAGAAUAUUUUUUUAAAUUGUUUUCAAUAUGAACACAAAGUAUAAGCGUAAUAAGCUUGUAACACUUAAGCUAUCAUGUCAAUGGUAGAUUUGAGAUUAUAAUUAGAAUUGUAAGCAACAAUAGAACAAUAAUACAACUCCAUUUAAAGUACUGCCUCGAAAUCUGCGAGAGUGUAUGUAUUUUGUAUGUGUGCAAUGAUUUAAGGUCAAUGAUGAUGUAAGUAUAAGGACAUUUUAGUUAUAUCUAAAGAAAAGUGCUUUUGAAUAAAUUCUUUCAUAACACUAGAAAUUUCUGUGGAAAAUUUCAACAAAGUGAGCAUUGUUGUUUUGAUGUUUCUAUUAUUAAUUAGUAUUUUUUUAAUAUAUUUAUAUUAAAACCCUAUAACACGUU